AUGAAACUGCGCAAUCAGAUGGCGCUGUUAACGCGGCUGCGCGACAAUCCCAGCUUGCGGUUUGUAUGUUGGGAUGUAAACAAAAGAAUUUUCAAUGAAGUUCGAGUGUCAGAUAUUUUAUUGAUUUUUUCGGAUAAAAUUAUCAUGGAGCAAUACAAGGAGCUGAAAUGGUUUGGAAUUAAUAAUUAA